AUGGAUCCAGUAUCGUCAAUUGCGUUUCCUUACUAUGAAUCAAAAGAAUCGAGAAUAUCAUUGAAUAAGUUGUUUUUGGCAAAUGAAACUGAUACUACAAGAUAUUCGAUCCAGUUAGCCGAUGAGAUAGGAGAAAGUUCCUCGAUUAAAACGAAAAAAUGUUCAUUAAUAUCUAAAAUUGAUACUGGGACUCAAGAAACAAUACCAGAACUAUUCAAUUAUAUAACUAAUGGGUCAUAUUAUGAUAAUAAACAAUCAGUUGAAUCUCCAUUGGUCACGACUCCAUUGUUGGUUCGUAUUCCCCUGUCGUAUUAUCGGAUUAAGUUAAACGUAUCGAUUGACCCGAUAGAAACAGAAUCUCCGGAUAAAUUUCUAUUGAUAAUUAAGAGUGUUGGAGAUACUGAGAAUUACGAACAGUUUAAAGAUUUGAUAAUAAACGGGUCUUAUGAUAGUAACAAUACCGAGAUUUCCAAAUUGAGCUAUUCACAAUUACCCAUUGAUAACACAAGCAAAGAGAUUCAAAGAAUAAUCAUUAAUGAUAGUUUCCAUCAAGAUAUUUUCCAGAAUAAUAAAUUGAGUAUCUCUCUAUGGGAGUUGGAUUCGAAAAUGAACGAUUGUUCCCAUUUAUUCAAUUUUCAAUUUUGGGUAGACCAAUCCGUUAAUGAUUUCAAACACGAUGAAUAUUUAACUCCAAUAAAUUUGACUGCUCCCCCCCCUCUCACUUUUAUGAAACCCCAGCAAGAAUCAGAAAAACAUCAUACUACCUCCAAGACUCUUAGGAGCCUCAAUAGAAAUGAGAAACUUGCUAAGAGAAAACCAACAUCAUUCACUAUUGCCGAUUUUAGAGAAGGAUUUAACUUUAAUAUAGAAGAUGGCCCCGAAUUUAGAAAAUCUUUACAAAGAUAUGAAACAAACUUACCGGAUUUUAAAAAAAUAGUGGGGCAUUUACUAAAUGAAUUGAAAAGUUUAGAAAUCUAUCUGAAAAAAUUGGCUAAUGUUAGAAAUAGAAUGGUAGACCAUAUCGGGAAAUUAUGUGAUUUACAAUUCAAUCCUUUAUUAAAUAAUUUGGAUUUGAAAAAUCAAUUUUCUCAGUCACUAGAGGCAAUUUUCGAGCCUUUUGAAAAUAAUAUGAAGUUUUUCUUGAAAGAUAUCUGUGAUAGUAAAUUAGUUGCUAAAAUAUCAAAUCUUGUCACCUCAUAUCCAACUUCUGGAAAUAAAGAAUCAAGUGGUGAUCAUAAUGACAUAUCCCAUAAUAGGAAGAAUUUCGAAAGUACUUCUAAAGAGUAUUAUAAUUGGCUAAAUAAAUAUCUAUCAAAUGAAAAGGAAAGACCAGCCCUGAAAUUAUUAACAAAAAGGAAAAAUUUCGAAUUGUAUAAAUUUGAUUAUUUGAACAGUUUAAAUUUAAUAACUAAUAAUCAAUAUUUUAAUCAGUUAUUAGAAAACUUUUUCAAGUUUCUUAAUCUUCCGUUUGAUAAAGCUACAAACUAUAAAUUACUUAGUUUUGACCAAUUCAGAGAUGUCAAGUUGAGUCAAGAUCUUUUAGGUGAAGAUUUCUUAAUCUACUUAAAUGUGCUUUCAAGAUUUAACAGUGAAAAGUUUCAGUUUCGCCAAAUGAUCGAAGCUUGUCAAUCCAAUGAAGAAUUAACUAAUGUUAUAAGGCAUAAUAGAUUGAACCACCCUAGAAAUCUGAACCUUGAUAAAAUGAAAAACUCAAGCAUAAAUUCUCCUAUCACCCCUAAUCAACAGUUACCUAGUGAUCAAAAUAUAUCAGAUAAUAAUAACAUUGAUGAUAUUUCUGAUACUUUGGUUACCAAAAAUAAUUUAGAUCUAAUAUUUACCAGUGAUUCACCUUUAAAUCACCAGUCUAGCGUAACAGCUGUUCCAGUUAAGCUGAAUAAUCAUUUAGAUGAUGAUCAAAAUUCAGAAAUGUCCGGUAUACUAUACACUUUAGGUGGCCAAGGUAAGCCAGGGUGGCAUAAAGAAUGGGUUGUUCUAAACCAAGGAAGACUCAUAGAAUAUAGUGAUUGGAGAAACGGUCAAUUACCAAUAAAUAAGCCAAUAGAUAUUGCCUUAUCAAGUAUAAAGCCCAUAAAACACGAAAAACGACAAUUUUGUUUUGAAAUUUUUACUUCAGCAGGUAAUAAGCAUGUCUUUCAAGCAAUCAAUGAAGAUGAAAGAAACAAAUGGAUCAAAGCUCUAUAUAAUGCCGGCCAGGUUACCAGUCAAUUGAUGAGUCCUACAACCCCAAAAGCCACGCUUAAUCAACCAAAUAUUCAAAAACCCGUUACAACUAAACCAAAUAGCAAAAAUUUGAGUAAAAUUAUCACUGAUUUCGGACCAGAACAAUACCGUGCACCCCCUAUGAUACCUGGCCAGUCACUCGAUAGGUCAGUAUCGCCGAUUUCGAUUCAAUCAGGACCACCAUUGUCGGCAUACAAAGAUAAAAACUACUUGCAGAUGGUGAGGUCAAUUUCAAAUACUGAUAAUAACAUAUGUCUCGAUUGUGGAAGUCAAGAAGGGGUGGAAUGGGUAUCUAUAAAUUUCUUGGGAAGCUUUUGCAUUAAUUGUUCUUCAUGUCACCGUAAUUUAGGAUCCCAUGUUUCGAAAAUACGAUCUUUAAAAUUAGAUAAUUUCAAUAAAGAAUCUGAAGUUUUAUUGAAUUACAUCAACAACAAAAAGAUCAAUGAGUUUUUAGAAGCAAAUCUUCAGACUCUGGGAGAUAAGAAAAUCAAUCCUCUUUCAUCGAAUGAAGAUAGACUAGCAUUCAUCAAGAAUAAGUAUGUUUUAAAGAAGUAUAAGAAAGAGAUAGAUAGUAUUAAUGAUUUAUUGAUUAAAUCAAUACAGAAAAUCAACUUACCCGAUAUUUUAACUUACAUUAUUUGUGGAGCUGACGUAAAUAUGCAAAUUCAAAUCAGUUUAAACAAUAGCAAAUCCAAUGAAAAGAGUAAAGAAAGCAGGCUAUCCAAUAAAAUUAGUUUAUUUGAGUACUCUUUGAGGAAGUUUGUUGAAAUCACUGAAAACGAAAUCACUAAAAGAUACUUUCUAGUUUCCGAACUAUUACUCUUGAAUGGAUUCAAUAUAAAUUCUAUCAAAGAGCUCAACACAGAAAUUGGGCUUACGGAUGAAGCUAUAGAAUACUGGAAAGACAAAAGAGCUAGAUUA